CCUUUUUCCUUCCUACUAUAUAUAAGACUCUGCCCUUAGAAGAGAGGAUGGCCCCUGUGCUCCUGACAGCCAGGACCCGCCAGGAGUUGGUGACAUUCAAGGAUGUGGCCGUGGACUUCUCCUGGGAGGAAUGGGGGCACCUGGAACGUUCUCAGAAGGAGCUGUAUCGGGAGGUGAUGCUGGAGAACUACAGGAACCUGGUCUGCCUGGGACUUGAGGAGUCAAAACCAGAUGUGAUUGAGCAGCUGGAGCAGCAGGGAGCACCUGGGAUACAAGGAGGAUCUGCCCUAGCAAGUGCCUGUCCAGAUUGGGAGAACAGACUCAAAACCAAGGAGUCAAUUCCAAGGCUAGGAAUGUCUAUGGAAGAGUCAUUCCAAGAAAGUUUCAAAAGGGAUGGUGCCUGUGUCUCCAAGUUGAUAGAAUGUGAGGCUAGGUUAGAAAGAUGGCAGAGCUAUGAGAAAAAACAUUCUAAGCAAGUAAAACCUUUCCAAAGGAAAACUUCCAAUAAAUUGAAGCACCACAAAUGUAAGAAAUAUGACAGAAUCUUUGGUCUAGAGCCAACCUUUGUUUCACAACCAAAAUUAUAUGUUGGAAAGAGUUUCCACCAAUAUGAUAAACAUAGAAAGAGUUUCAGAUUGUAUUCUGACUCAGGCAAGUGUAAUAAAAUAUCUUUGAAGAAGACAUUUUCCAAAUUUGAUGAAUGUGAGAAAUCCUUCAGUUAUAAUUAUGACUUUUUAAAAUGUCAUAGAAUAAAUACUCAAAAGAAACCUCAUGAAUGUAGUGAAGGUAGAAAAACUUACCAGAGCUCAUCCAUUAUUUCUCUCUCAACAAUCGAUACUGGAGAGAAACCCCAUAAAUGUUAUGAAUGUGGAAUGUCUUUCCUCGGUACCCUACAACUAAUUGAACAUUGGAGCAUUCAUGUGGGAGAGAAACCUUAUCAAUGUAAUGAAUGUGCAAAGGUGUUUCGCUGGAGUUCAGGACUUACUGAACAUCAGAGAAUUCAUACUGGAGAAAAACCUUAUGAAUGUAAUGAAUGUGGGAAGACUUUCAGUCAUAGAUCAUCCCUUACUUCCCAUUACAGGAUUCAUAGUGGGCAAAAAACUUAUGAAUGUAAUGAAUGUGGCAAGGCCUUCUACUGGACCUCAGAACUUACUAAACAUCAGAGAAUUCACACUGGAGAGAAACCUUAUGAAUGCAGUGAAUGUGGUAAAGCUUUCCAUCAGAGUAUACAUCUUACUCAACAUCAAAGAACUCAUACUGGAGAGAAACCUUAUGAAUGUAAUGAAUGUGGGAAGGCCUUUGGCCGAAUUGCACUCCUUACUGAACAUAAGAGAAUUCACACUGGAGAGAAACCCUAUGAAUGUAAUGAGUGUGGGAUGGCCUUCCGGUGGAAUUCAGGACUAACUGAACAUCAGAGAAUUCAUAGUGGAGAGAAACCUUAUGAAUGUACUCAAUGUGGAAAGACUUUCAGUCGUAGAUCAUCCCUUACUUCCCAUCAUAGGAUUCAUAGUGGGAAGAAACCUUAUGAAUGUAAUAAAUGUGGCAAGGCCUUCUAUUGGAUAUCAAAACUUACUAAGCAUCAGAGAAUUCAUACAGGAGAAAAGCCUUAUGUGUGCAGUGAAUGUGGAAAGACCUUUAAUCGAAGCACACAUCUUACUCAACAUCUGGGAAUUCAUACUGGUGAAAAACCUUUUGAAUGCAGUGAAUGUGGGAAGGCUUUCAGCCGCAGCAUACAUUUUACUCAACAUCAGAGAAUUCACACUGGAGAAAAACCUUACGAAUGCAAUGAGUGUGGAAAGGCCUUCUGCCAGAGAUCAGGACUUACUAGACAUCAGAAAAUUCAUACUAGAGAGAAACAUUAAGUUAUAAUGACUGCAGGAAGGCUUUCUGCCAGAAUAAAAAAAAAACUUCCUGAACAUCAGAGAAUUAAUUAACUAUUAAUUGGAGAAGACUUACAAAUGUGAUAGAUGUGGACAGCUUCUCCAUAAGCUAUCCCUUACUUCCAGCACAGGAUUAUAUGAGAACUUAUAAGUGUACUGAAAGUGGGAAGGCCUUCCAUAUGAGCUUAGAAUUCAGUAUACAUUGCAGAAUUAAUAGUGGAGAGAAUUAAUGAAUGUGAGAAGCCUUUCAUACAUUUUAUUGUUCAUCAGAAACUUCAUACUGGAGAGAAAUUUUAUAUAAUAAAUGUGGGAAAAUCUCCUGAA